UUUGGCUGUGGUGCUGGUGACAUCCCCUCAGUGGUUGAACUCAACUCCUCCCCUUUUAUUAUACUUUCCCAUACUGCAUUGCGGUGAAUUAUGGACCAAAUUGACAAUGACCUGCAAGGCACGGACGGCUCGGGGAGUCUUGGGGGCCCUGAUGUCCGCAGACGCAUCCCCAUCAAACUCAUCUCCAAACCAACCAUCAGGAGCAAACCUGCUCCCCGGACACAAAGACCCAUGGGCAGGCAGCCCUCCAAACCCCAGGCCGGGGAUGAAGAGAGUUUUAGCUUCAAGCAAGAGGAGAGGUUCGACUGUGGUACCAAGGCUGGGGAUGUGUUUGCAAGUCAACGGAAGUUCCCCCAGCAAAUGUUUUGGGACUUUAAGGUAGUGUUUCAAUUUCUAUUGUGGUGGUGGGGGGGAUGCAGGAAUGCAUUCCACCUACAUCAUUACUGUGUCAUAGACCUCUUGGUCUUUUCCCCACAGUUGAAUUUGAUAGGUGAAAAGGAUGACAUUCCAGCACACUUUUGUGACAAGUGUGGUCUGCCCAUAAGGAUCUAUGGACGCAUGAUUCCAUGCAAACAUGUAUUCUGUUAUGAGUGUGCGUUGCUCCACGAGAAGAAGGGAGACAAGAUGUGCCCAGGUAUGCAGCUCUUCAGCUGCACAGAUCCGGUCCAGCGCAUCGAACAGUGUCUGCGGGGCUCCCUCUACAUGUGCAGCAUUGUGAAGGGCUGCAAGCGCACCUACCUUUCCCAGCGUGACCUGCAAGCCCACAUCAACCACCGCCACAUGAGGGCAGCCAAGGCUUUGGCAAGCCGCCAGGAUGCCCUGCACCUUCCCCCAUCCACAGAGGUUCCUGACCGCUUCCGCGUGCCCCCGCCUCACCUGCCCAAGACCCAAGGGCACCUCCCGCCCCCUCUCCAACACGGGGGUCAUGACCCCUACGGUCAGCCACCACCGGCUUCCCAUGAUGCACCUCCUCUUUCCCAGGAGACCUUCCGCAUUGCCACAGUAACUACACGCGCACGCAGCAACCUCAUCACCGUGCCAAUCCAGGAUGACUCCGCUUCUUCCUCCACCUCUUCCUCCCGUGACCCUCUCCCUCCUGGCCCGGGCCCUGCUCCACCCCCACACCACCAUCCUGGGGACUACCCUGGUCAGCCUGUAGUGUCCCAUCCCCACCACAUGAUGGCACCACCACAACAGCACUAUGGCCCUCCCCCUCCUCCCCCUCCACCCAUCAACCACCCCAUGCAGCACCCGCCCCAGGGCUCUGGGACACCCCACAUGGUGUACAACCAGGCCGGCCCUCCCCCGCCUAUGUCCAACGCACCCCCUCCCAUUACCCCCCCGCCAGGGCACAUCAUGGGUCAGAUGCCCCCCUACAUGAACCACCCUCCUCCAGGCCCCCCACCUCAACACGGUGGUCCUCCAGUCAACGCCCCCCCUCCCCACCACUACAACCCUAACUCCAUGCAGCAAUUCCCUGAGGACCAGGGCACACUCAGUCCCCCUUUUAACCAGCAAGGGGGUCUGAGCCCUGGGAUGUGGCCUGCCCCUAGAGGGCCUCCUCCUCCAAGGAUGCAGGGCCCCCCACCUCAGGGCCAGAUGCCUGGACCCCAUCACCCCGAUCAGUCCCGCUACCGCCCUUAUUAUCAGUAAACUCUCAACUCCCCACAAAGUCAGGGGCAUUGUUUGACUUGUCCCUUUUCCUCUCCACUGGUUUGAAUAAUGUGAACAUGAGUCUCUGGGUUCUGUAUGACUGUCAUUUCUAUGGAAACACUUUAAAGAGACUAGUAUAUGGUGAAUGUAUGUAUGUAGCUGUUCACUUUUAUUGAUAUGAACCUUUUGGACUGUCAAAUGAGCAACGAUACAUUUUAAUUGCUCCUGUAUUUGUCUCCAAUGGACAUUGUUGUAUCUUGAAAAAUUUUGGUUUGAUGACGUCUCAAUAAAUAUUUUCUAACAAAGC